AUGUCCUUCCUGAAGUUCCGAAGAGAUUUUGUUGCAGGCAACUGGACACAGGAGCAGUUCGACAAGCAGGCAUCCAUGAGAAAUAGAGGCUCGACGUCGAUGUCCAUCUUAUUGAGAUCCUGCUGCGAGUAUGAGACUUGGCUGGGAAACGGAUCCGUUGAGCAGGCAAAACUGGCACUGGCCACGCAGUUCGACCUUGUCGGCGUCACGGAAAGGAUGAACGAAGGCCUGGUGAGCCUCGGCAAACUCUACGGCUUGUCCGUGCCGCAGCUUGCUGCUGUAGGGCGAAGUAUUCCGCACAAGCUGGACAACGCAGAUAACAAGCUGGAUUGGACGGACGAGGAGUUGGCCCUAGCCACCUUCAUUGCUCAGAAGAGUGCUCCCAUCUACGCCUUGGCUCAG